AGCCUAAACGGAAGUCAAGCUACACAUCCGUUGCACAUGCGCACAUUGGUGAUUAGUAAUCCACCGGCCAAUUUCGACAACGUAAAGAUUGUUACAGAGAAAGCAAUAUAACUUAAGUAUUCCAAAGACUUAAGCUUAUGUACAUACUUCUUUGAAAGUACAAUUUAACCCUGCAUCGAUACACUUAAGACCGAGUCAUGUCAGAAAAUUUUGGAGUUGAAGAGUUCGAAAAAGUUGAUGCUGUCGUGGAUCAGGAUGAAAACGUAACAUCAACUUCUUUGACAGGAGAGGAGGCAGAGGAGGAUAGGUAUACAGGUAGUGCUGCACCGAAUGAUGUAGAUUUAUUAGGUGACUUUUUGGCCUCUGCUCCUGCACCGUCUUCAAAUGAGCCAGGUGCCUCUGAGAACCUUGGUUCUUUUGGUUCUAAUGUAUACACAGCUCCAGAACCAAUGAGUGAAUUUACACCAACACAGGAAACAGUUAUCACAGAACCAGUUUCUGAAAGUAAAGCAACUGUUCAAGCAGAAGGUUUAAUGGGUAUACCUGGUGCAAAGGCUUUAAGUGGAUGGAUGAAAACAGUUGAUCCAAGAGAUGACAUAAGCGAAAUGGAGGAGCCCAGUCCAUCAAACACUGAGGAAAUCAGUUCAGCUGAAUCUGCUGAGUCACCCACUCAGUUGAAGGUCAACGGAGAAUCUGUUGGAAUUACUAACACGUUUUCGAAAGAGAAACUUGAAAGUGGUUCGGAUUCAAGUUCAAUUGUAAGUUCAUCUGACAACGAGUACAGUAGUUCAGCAGAUGAAUCAGACACUGAGAGCAGUGAUUCAGCACCAGUAAGCUUGCAUGUAACUAAAAGACAAAUUACUGAGGAAAAUAAUGGAUUUAUUGGCGAUUCAGAUAAUACAAAUCAAUUGAAUGUGAGUCAUAGUAGAAGUGAGAUUAAUAUUGAUGAUAUUGAACUGCUAUCUGUUAACCAAGGUGCUUUCGGAUUACUACAGUUAGAUAAAGAAAUGGAUGUGAAUGAAGAAACUCAGGGAGAAGUAACAACAGAGAUGAUGACAUCAAAGGAUUCAGAUAAUGUUUCUGAACAGCAGGCUGGACCUGAUGCUUGGAUGAAACAUGGAAAAGACUUUGAGGAGAAAGAGACAGUAGAUGAAGUUAAAGGCGAAGUGAAGCCAUUGGAUUUUGAUGGAGAUCCUGGAGGUGCUGCAGUAAAUGUAAUAGAUGACAAUGUAGGACCAGUUGAUAAUAAAGUGGGAUUGAGUGAGACGGACAUGCUUGAUAUAAUUGAUAAGUUAACAAAAGACGAUGAUGCUGAUGAACAGUCACCUGAAUUAGAAUCGGAUAUGUCUUUCGGAAACUUGAAUGAGAACAAAUCAGCAAGAGAUAUUGAAUUUGAAAAGUUUAUUAGAGGUGAAGAAGUUCUUUCAGUUGAUAAUAUUUCUCCAGUUGUUUCAGACAAUGAGUGUAAUAGUAUUGAAAAUAAUUCCUCAUCCAGUCACUCAAAUUCUGGGUCUGAGGAUGAGAUUUCUUGCACUGACAGUGAUUUAUCAGGUGAUGAAGGAGCAAUUGGGACAUGGAGUCCUUCACCUUUGUAUUCCAAAUCAUUUGGUGAUUUUGACGAAGAAGAAGAGAUCGAAAAUGAGGAAAUGGAUGUUGAAGAGAAAAAUAAUAAUGUGCUUGUUGGUUACGAAUAUUUUGGUGCAGAUAGUGUAAACACUUCCGGGGGUCAGCAAGAAAAUGAGUUAAGCAGCUUGAGAGCUGAUGUGAAAGGUCUAAUGGAAGAGAUGGAAGCAAUGGUUCAGGAAACAGACUCAGAUAGUGAUAAGAGAAGGUCAGGCGAGUUUAUUGAUGCAAUGGUUGCUGAUAUAGAUAAAACUGUUGAAGGUGCUAAUGUUGAAGAAUCAGAGCCAAUUGUUCCACGAAAUGAACCACUUAUCUCUAUCAUGGCAACUGGGACUAGAGAGAGAAGUAAAACUCCAGAAAAUGAUUUACUUCAUGUGAAAUUUCAAACACCAACUAACACUUUGUUCUAUGAUCCAGACUGCCCAAUUGUUGAAAAAGUUUCCAUGGAAAUAUCAGAUGAUCUGAUCGAUCAUGAGGAGGAGGAGAAAAAUCUUGAAGAUGUAGAAAUAAACCAAGACUCACCUCAGAGUGAGGAUUUGAAUCUUGAAAAUGUAGAGGAACUAGAAGCCAAAGUUGUAAAAGAUUUGAAAGAGGUGUAUAAUAACUUAGAAGCUAAAGGAGAAAUAGAAGGAGCUAUGGAUUUACUUAGAGAAUCAGGAAUAACGAAUAUGGAUGAUAUUGCAUUGCAGUUUGCAAAUAAAGUACUAGAACAAGCUAGAAAUGAGCAUUUGGCAGGAAAAACACAAACUGAUAUCAUUCAAAAACAAGAUGGAAAUGAAAAUGAACAGCAAAUUAAUAAAGAUGUUGAAACAACUUUAGAGGCUUUGCAACAAGAUAAAAAUGAGACACAGGAUCAAAAUAGAGUAGAUGUUGAAAAUGAAUUUAUCAGUGAAGAUAUUAUUACUGCAGAAGUAAAAGAGAAAGUGUCAGUAAACCCAUUUAAGACAAGUGAACCUGAAGAUUUGAAAAAUAAUGAUUCAAUAAGUACUUUGCACCCUGUGGUAGAUACCAUAUCCGAAAAAGAAACAAAGUCUCAGCUUCUCGGUGAGAAGGAUGAAAUAACUGGCGAAACAGACAGUGUCUAUAGUAAAGAGUUAAAUGAUACUCCUUCAUUUAAAGAAGAUGCAAGUGAAAUAGAAGUUGAAGAACCUGUAAUAAUGAGACGAAAGAAAGUGAACAGAGUUGAGGCAGAAUCACCAGUUGAGAUUGAUUCAAUGAUUAUUCAUGAUAUUGACAAUUUAUCAGAACGUGAUAUUCAGUCAAUGGUAAUACAUGACAUUGGUGAAAGCAAGCUUCAUGACGUAAUAUCUACCUUAGAGCGAGAACAUGAUGAGAUUUUGGUGCAUACUAAAAUAGGUUUAGAUGAAGUGGAAGUGAGACAUAGAAGGUUAUCUGAGAGCAUUGAAGAACAAGAGCAUAUUAUGGAAUCAGUAAGUGAAUCUAAGUUAAGUGAAGAAAACGUUAUAGAACAAGAAAGUGAAAAUUUGUUUCAAGAAAACUUUGAGAAAGAAAAAAUUGUUGAUGAUGUAAUUGAUGACAAAAAUGUUGAAUUGGAGCCUACUGAAAAUAGUGAGGUAAAACAUGAAGAGGAUUUAGAAAAAGAAGAACAUAGAUUAUUUAUCAUGGAGAGGGCAACACAACUUAUGAAGAUGAUACUUUCAGAAGUGUUGGACCUGAUCUACUGGAGAGAUGUGAAGAAGACGGGUGUGGUGUUCGGCAGCAUGAUGUUUAUACUUCUGUCUCUGACGUUCUUCACGAUACUGAGUGUUCUGGCGUACCUGUCACUCGCCAUUCUAACCGUCACCCUCAGUUUCCGUGUCUACAAGAAUGUCAUGCAGGCCGUUCAGAAAACCAACGAGGGUCAUCCCUUCAAGAAGUUGUUGGAACUGGAUAUCUCACUGCAGAGUGACGUAGUCGAGAGUGCCGCUGAUAAAAUCGCAACAAACGUAAACAACUGCUCCAAAGAACUCCGUAGACUCUUCCUUGUUGAAGAUUAUGUAGACUCUCUCAAGUUUGGUCUGUUGUUAUGGUUGUUGACAUAUGUUGGCAGUUGGUUCAACGGCAUGACACUAGUAAUUCUCGCUGUAGUAUGUAUUUUCACAUUGCCCAAAGUAUAUGAGACCUACCAGGGCCCCAUAGAUCAGAAUGUGAACCUGGUUAGAGGCCAGCUCAACAAUAUCAUGACUCAAGUGUCAUCAAAGAUCCCUUUCCCAAAGAAGAAAGCAAAGACACAGUAAGAAGAAACAAGGACACUUAAACAAUUUUUGGACAGAAACAAUACUUCUUUUAUCAGAAAGAUAACGUGUUAUUCCAUUAACUAUUGAGAAAUUUUUGUGUACAUUAAAACAGCCACAGUUCACUUUUAGAUUUCCAUGGAUUAGAAAUUGGAAGAGAAAGUAACACAAAAAGUAUAUAUAUAGCUUGCGCGAGUCACAAAUAUAUAUGUAAAGUGAAAUUUAUUAGACUAUUGCUGAGCAGUUUCAUGUGUCAUGCUUUCGUAUUCAUAGGAUUAAUAUGUCGAAAUUUGCUUAAUGUAAGACAGCCCCUGAGGAGAAAAUGAAAGUUCGAGCCCAGGAGUUAUUUCAGAGUUGUGUCCCUUUGAAGUCAGAGGAUGCAUCAAGAGGGUCUUCAGUGAUGUUACAGAGUUUCUUCCCUUGAUAAGAGACUAUAUGAUGUACAAACGUUUAAUUAGUUGUAUACUAAUGACAGAUUUUUGAAAAGAAAUGGGAAAAAUAUCUUGAGAAAACGAGGGGAAAAGUAAAUCGCAGGACAGUAAAAUGAUGCUGGGUUGGUCAUCGUUUUCAGCUCACUUGUCACAAAGUGACAAGGUGAGCUUUUGUGAUCAUGCGGCGUCCGUCCGUCCGUCCAUAAACUUUUGCUUGUGACCACUCUAGAGGUCACAUUUUUGGGGGGAUCUUUAUGAAAGUUGGUCAGAAUGUACAUAUUGAUGAUAUCAAGGUCAAGUUCGAAACUGGGUCACGUGCCAUCAAAAACUAGGUCAGUAGGUCUAAAAAUAGAAAAACCUUGUGACCUCUCUAGAGGCCAAAUAUUUUACAAGAUCUUCAUGAAAAUUGGUCAGAAUGUUCACCUUGAUGAUAUCUAGGUCAAGCUCGAAACUGGGUCACGUGCCGUCAAAACUAGGUCAGUAGGUCAAAUAAUAGAAAAACCUUGUGACCUCUCUAAAGGCCAUAUUUUUCAUGGGAUCUGUAUGAAAGUUGGUCUGAAUGUUCAUCUUGAUGAUAUCUAGGUCAAGUUCGAAACAGGGUCAUGUGCGGUCAAAAACUAGGUCAGUAGGUCUAAAAAUAGAAAAACCUUGUGACCUCUCUGGAGGCCAUACUUGUGAAUGGAUCUCCAUAAAAAUUGGUCAGAAUGUUCAUCUUGAUGAUAUCUAGGUCAGGUUUGAAAUUGGGUCACGUGCCAUCUAAAAGUAGGUCAGUAGAUCAAAUAAUGAAAAAACGUUGUGACCUCUCUAGAGGCCAUAUUUUCCAUGGGAUCUUCAUGAAAAUUAGUGAGAAUGUUCACCUUGAUGAUAUCUAGGUAAAGUUCAAAACAGUGUCAGGUACCUUCGAAAACUAGGUCAAUAGGUCAAAUAAUAGAAAAACCUUGUGACCUCUCUAGAGACCAUAUUUUUCAAUGGAUCUUCAUGAAAAUUGGUCAGAAUUUUUAUCUUGAUAAUAUCUAGGUCAAGUUCAAAACUGGGUCACAUGAGCUCAAAAACUAGGUCACUAUGUCAAAUAAUAGAAAAAACGACGUCAUACUCAAAACUGGGUUAUGUGGGAACAGGUGAGCGAUUCAGGACCAUCAUGGUCCUCUUGUUUUUCUAAGUCAGUGAGAUUGGUCUGGGUAACUCUGCUUUAGUGCAAUCAUUACAUGAAUGGAAAAACUACGAGUGAAUGCAAAUUUGUACAGUGAAUGAUUGGAUAUAUCUUUGAUCAUUUAGGAUUUAAUUAAUAUACCUGUGGAGUUACUGUGUACUUAUAUAUAGUAAUAAUUUUUGGACGAAGGAAAAAAAGUUUUGUAUUAUAGUUUGUAUAAUUUAUUAAUUUUUUUUCUUUCUCUCCUCUGUGAUAAAAUGUAUCGCUGUGCUCAUAUUGGAACAAAUCUGUCUGUCUGCAGUGUCUAUAAGUCUGGAAAUAUUGGAAAUCAACUUUUAUAUCAAUAUAAGUAAAGAAGUACAUUUGGUGCAAUGUCAUGCAGUAUAUGUAUGACAAUAAUGAACAUGUAAGCUGAGUUUUAACUACUAGAGUGUAACGAAUGCUCAGUAUGCCACAUGCUGUAUGAACAGCUUCAGGCAUAUUUGUUGCAUUUCUAGAUAACGCGCUCUCUUUCUAAUAAGUACAAUAGUGCUCCUUGCUUCGAUAUUUAUACAGUUCUGUCCAGUAUGAUAAACUGAAAAUGUAGAUAUUGGGUUCCAUAUCCAAGUUAGUUCGAAGUGGGGCUGAGGUCAGUAUCCUUUCUUUUUCAGACUGCCUAGUCCGUAAAAUGCGUUAUUGACUGAAGUGUUGAGUAUUAUUUGUAAUAUUAUACAGAAGUAAAAAUCAAGUCUGAUCAUAUGUGUAAAAUGAUAAUAAAGUGGUAUAAUGGAAAAAAACAUUUGCUUGGUGCAAUACACAACAGCACCGGUCAUUAUGUAGUAUAAACCGGAUGAUAUCACAUUGAAUAAGGACAGAAAUAUGCAAAAAUUACAUAAUGUUUAUCGAUAUAUAGUGUCAGUCAGUAUGUUAACAUGAAAUGUUACUGUAAAGAUUUGUUACUGUAACAAAUAUUUCUAGACUUACAACUACAAGUGUAAUCUUCCUCUGUUAUAACAUUCUUUCAUUUAGUGUUCUCUAACCUAUCAUUAGUUUUCUUUGACUUUUAUAUAGUUUUCUCUAACCCAGUUUGAAGUGCUAUCGGUUUAAGUUUUUGUUUUGUUCAGUUAUAUAUUUGUUUAUUGAGCAAUAAGUUCUUGUUUUCCAUUUAUAAAUAUAUUAAUCAACAUCAUUUUAAGAUAUAAUAAUUAGUUAAUUAAUUACAUUAUUCAUCAGUAUGUAAUAUUCCACUACAUGGGUAAAAAUGAAUUAUCUGUCAGAUCAACUCAAAACACUGUUCAAUAAUCGGUGUGGUUGUUUUAGAUAAAUGCCAUUUCUGUAUGUGAAUUGUGCAAUGUUUCUUUGUUGGGUUUUGUUUUUGCUUUCGAGUGAUUUAUAACUUUUAAAAGUAAUGAGUGGUACAAAUCCUUUAAUACUAAGUCAUUUUAAUUCUUGAACUAUUACCCCUUAAAAUCAGCUGUAAAAAUAGAAAUGAACGUUGAUUUUCUUGGCCACUUUAGUGGUUCAGUCAGAUAAUCUGCAUUAGCCGAAAAAUGUGCAGCUUCCCUUUGGUAACUCAAUGUGUGAAAAAUCUUAUUUCUUUUUUCCCGUUCAAAUUCACGGUGUUUUGAUAGUACAGGAUAUAGAGGAUAAUUAGAUUUUAACUGGGCCGCAGGUUUAUAGAAUGUCUGAACUUGUAUGUGUCAAACUCUAUUCUGAUCUCAUUGUUUUACGAUGCAAUGUUGUGUAAUUUUUGUUGUUGCAUUAUUCAACAGUCCCAGAUAUAGCUUGUCCAACCCUCUACAAAAUUUGAUACAGUAUUUGAGUCAUGGAAAUGUUUGAAGACACUGGAGAAACCACAGUAGUUUGUGAAAAUUUGAUCAUUUUGCUGUUGCUUUGUCAGAAGCAGGCAUUUCUAGAAGAUUAGUGAUUGAGUUAAAAUGUAGAAAAGUUCUUUCUUAGUGACGAAAUGCAUGGGAGAUGGGCAGUAAAUUAAAUAUAGAGACAAAAAAAAAUGGGAUGAAUAUAAUGUUACGAAAUUUUGUGUGGCGUAUGAUACACGAGUUCCUGUUUUAAAGUCUGCAGAAAACAAGAUAAGAUAAAACAGAGGAAGUUUUUUGCAAACAGCUUUGAGCAAUUUUACGUAAAUACUGAAUUUUCAAUGAUUUUGUAAAGCAAACUCCCCUGAUUUUCUGUCACAUUUUGAAAGCAAUAUUUAUAGCAUUAAUACCUGAAUGUUAGAAUAUUCAUUUCUUACUAUCGUUCAUUUCAAAUAGGGUAUUUUUUUUAGUAAAGUUCUAAGUUAAUAUUGGUCUUGAGAUGUAUAUAGAGAGAACAGCAGUCCAUUAUUAUGUACAGUUAGCUUUGAGUAUAUUGUUGUCUAUUACCUUUGAAUUUAGCUUGUGCCUAUACAUAUAUAUUAUUGAGACAUUUCUACAUUUAUUAUAAUAUUUAGUAUUUUCUGUAAGAAAAUAGUUCAUGCUGUUAAAAGGUAUAAUACUAUAAUAUUGUCUCAUUUUUUGAGUGUCCAGUUUUAUAAGAAGACAGUUUUUGUAUUACGUGUGAGACAUUUUUUGUUCCACGUAAAGGGUUUUGUACCACAUAUUCAUUAUAUAUUAUUGUUUAACUGUCAGUAAGUUUUAUAAUAAUACCACAGUAAUAAUGUUGUUGUUUAUGUAUUCACAAUAUAGUUUCUCUAUUAAUCCAUAUGUAGAAUUCUUCAUGUGAGCAUGCCAUCCAGUUGGCUUGCGGAAGGUCUGUGGUUCUACCAAGGUGCCCGCCCAUGCCUAAAAAAUGCCCAAAGAGGGACCUGGGGUCUGCCAACAGCUGGAAAUUCACCAUAUGGCCUUCAAAUGUGUGAUGUAACACCCAACAAAACAAAAAUGUUACUAAUCUAUAUAUCUAGUAAUAUCUAGUGACAAGGGAAAUAAAAUGCUGAAAUUUUAAGAAUGUUAGGACUUUUUAAGACAGUUAAUGUGACAGGAACAAUAUUCUGAGAAAAAGUGGCUUAUAUGAAAUAGAAAAUUCAGCCAGUUAUAAAAUGAUUAUUACCUGUGUGCGGAGGUUGAUUAUUUAUAUUUUGCAGCUAGAUUAUGGUAGGCACAGACAAGCACUGACUCUGUACACAGAUUUUGCAGUCUCAAUGUUCACUUCAUUAACCAGUCUAGAAACUGUUUCACAUCAAAAAAUGUAUUUUGUAAAUUUAUAACUACUUUUCCAAAAAUGUUAUCAAAUGCAGUAAUCCAUUUUCUACCAUUUGUACCACAGUUGAAUAAAAUGUUAUGCCAAAUUCAACUAACAUAUUUCAACUUCAUCAUUACUUUGGAAUUACAGAAAUAUAUGUCAUCCCAAUUUUGUUACACAAAUAAUUUCCGCCAGUUAGAAACUUGCAUUAGAAGCUCUCACACAGUAUAGUAAGAACAUUGUAAUAUAGCAGUGAAAAGAUGUUGAGAUUAGCUAUGUUAGCUCUGUGUAAUUAUAUAAAACUGUUGCUAAGUUCCUGUGUUUGUUCAUACAGCAUAGUUAGCUUGUGUAAAAGGCCUUCCACUUGUCACUAUUAAGCGUUUUUUCUUGUCAAUAAAGAUGUUUUUCUGUCCACUAUAA